CCUCGCCGCUGCAAUUUGCAGGGCUUGCGAGGCUCGUGGUUCUAGCUUCUCCGCGAGACCGCCGAGCGGUAUCCACCGUCACUCAGGUCCCGAGGCCCGCGGUGUCACAGGGUCGGCGACAUGUCGAUGCUGGCUGAGCGUCGGCGGAAGCAGAAGUGGGCUGUGGAUCCAAGAAACACUGCGUGGAGUAAUGAUGACUCCAAGUUUGGCCAGAGGAUGCUAGAGAAGAUGGGGUGGUCUAAAGGAAAGGGUUUAGGGGCUCAGGAGCAAGGAGCCACAGAUCAUAUUAAAGUUCAAGUUAAAAAUAACCACCUGGGACUAGGAGCCACGAUCAAUAAUGAAGACAGCUGGAUUGCUCAUCAGGAUGAUUUUAACCAGCUUCUGGCCGAACUGAACACUUGCCAUGGGCAGGAAACAGCAGACUCCUCAGACAACAAGGAAAAGAAAUCUUUCAGCCUUGAAGAGAAGUCCAAAAUCUCCAAAAACCGUGUUCAUUAUAUGAAAUUCACAAAAGGGAAGGAUCUCUCAUCUCGGAGCCAAACAGAUCUUGACUGCAUUUUUGGGAAAAGACAGAAUAAGAAGACUCCCGAGGGCCAGCCCAGUCCCGACGCUGCAGAGGGGACUGACGUCUCCCCCAUGACCACCAGUGCCUUCACCAUCCGCGAGUACUUUGCCAGGCGCAUGGCGGAGCGCAAGAGUAAGGCGCAGGGCACGGCCGUGGGGCCAGAGGCUUCAGAGACCCCAGUGGAAAGGAAAGCAGGGAAGAAAAGAAAGAAAGAGGGGAAAGAUAAAAGUGUGGAGAAUUGCACCCACCCCAAGGCCAAGAAGAAGAGAGACCAAGUUGAGUGGCAGCUGGGAGACCCACGCUGGGACGAGAAUUCUGGUGCUGCUUCUGAGGGUGAAGAAGGUUGCGUGGCGCCACUCGAUGACCGGGACCCUCCCUCGAGGCCCAGAAACAGGAAAGAAAAGAAAAGGGGACAGAAGCAAGCUGAGACAGCAGAGGACGGUACGCUGGAUGAAACACCAGUGAAAAAGAAGAGGAAAAAGAAGAAAGGUUCCAAAUAAAUUCUCUGGAGCCAGGGCCUCCCAGCUUCUCAGCUGUCAGGGCGCUGCUGGGGCAAACUCCCUGGCCCGACGGCAGAGCCGGUUCACUCCGCGAGCCGCGCGCAGCCUCGGACACGCCCGGCCCUGCUGCAUCUCGCCCUCACGCUUUCCCAAAUCGGAUUCCCAGAACUUCUUAGUGUCCCAAAUCAUGGCUCUCAGAAACAAAUACAUUUCUUUCUUAGACUCUGAGUCCACCGUAUUUAUUCCCCUUCAUGUGAGUACAUCGUUACGUGCACGUGCUUGUGUGUGUAGGUCUCUCACAGUCUGUAUUUGCUCUUGAUUUCUUUCAGUAACAGUGAACUGUGCUUCCUGCUGAAGGACUCGGUCUAACUAAAGGAUUAAGAGUCAAUAGUUGGCAUUCAGAGAGCUCUUUUUGUUCUAUAGCCAACCGUAUGUUUCUGCCAAGUUGCUUUUAUAUCAUUACAUUCCCAAAUCAGAGAGUUGUUUUGGUCUGGUUUGGUUUGGUUCUGAUGGGGAAUUUGUUUUAAUGCCGUCUUUUCCACUAAGCAGUGGCAGCCGUGUAUUUUGAGGAGUUUGAGCUGACGGUGGGGGCAGUUUAACUUCCCAGCGCUCUCACAGGAGCCCUCUUGCGGUUCCUCAGCGAGAGUCAGUGGUCGGAUACAUUUCCAUUAGGUGUCCUCAAGGACAGGUGCCCUAGAGUGGACUCCUCCUUAACGGUGACCGUCAGGGGAUCCUCAGGAAGCUGAAAGAAAAACUGAGACUCUAAGCUUAUGAAAUUACUUUCAUCUAGACUGGAACUGCCUUGUGAAAGCUCCUAAAAGUAUAAAUAUCACAUAAAGAGUAAAAGACACCUUCAGUCCUGCUCCCACCAGAUGGUGUCACCUCCUGGGUUUAUACUGCCUCUGCCAUCCCGUGGCGUGUCUCCCCGUGUGCAGCGUAAACCCUCCCCACGCGGUUUCCCCGGAAAACUGCAGACACCUUCACACCCUCUUUGGGACACAGAAUGCAAAAGAAAGCACAUGUUUAAGAUUUAGAGGUCCAGCACUGUGGUUUCCUCUCUUCUGCUGUCUUUGUUCUCUUGACCGCUCCCUCCUUUUCUUUUUCAUCCUUUCCCCCUUUUACUCCAUCUUCCUUGCUCCCCCCCCCACCCCCCAGAUUUUCAGUUCCCAGUUUUCUCUUACCCCUUGCUGGCUGCCUGCUCCGGUCCUGCAGACCUUUCGGGAACUCUGAGGAUGUGGUACAAGGGCGGGUCGUGUGCUGCCUUCCACCUGAUUUAUAGAUGCUCCUGGGUAACAGUAACGAAAACUCACUACCACCUGAUGAGCUUUUGCCCUGGAUUUUAACCCUCGGGGUCACACAUUAGAAAUGAAGCAUGGCCCCAAGUUUCUUAAAACUGAGAAAAUAUAUGAAGAAUGUUUGAUUUUAGUCUCCUAAGAAUUCCGAAUGGUGCUAGUUGUUUAAAAGGAUACACACGCACACACCCCACAGAGAAAAUUCGUAUGAAUUCAGAGCCUGAGUUGUAGUGUCUGAGUUUAUUGUGGCCCUCAGAGUUUAGAAUCCCAGGCAAUGUCCAGUCUAAUAAAGCACCAAAGAUUUUUAAAGUCACUUUUCUUCACAGAGGGCACAUGCCAAGUUAUCUGUGCUUGUCCUAUCUUGUAUAUGAAACUAGAGUUCCAAAAGAACUAGAGUUCCAGAAGGGAGUUCCAGAAAGAAACUAGAGUUCCAGAAGGGAGUUCCAGAAAGAAACUAGAGUUCCAGAAGGGAGUGGGUAUGUAUGAAACCUAAAGAGAAUUAUCUUUCUUUAUAUAUAGAUAUAGAUAUAUGGAUAUAUAUUAGACUGGGGUAGGGUUUUUUGCCUUUUCAUUUACUUUUAACUUCAUUUGCCAGUAAAAAUGAGAGCCAGGAGGAUAUGCUGAAUUGUAUGCAGGGGAAGGAAACAAAUGGGCAUUUAGGGAGCAGGGAGCUGCAUCUCGGCCAGGUGGGGUGAAGUGGGCAGUGGGAAGACCAGAGGAGGGAGGUGCUCAGGGGUGCUCUCAGAGUUGGGAACCCAAGGCAGUCGCAUCGCGAGACUGUUGCAGUGCGACUCUCAUGGAGAGCACCUGUAGACCGUGGCAAUUAUUAUAUUAAAGCAUCGCAGAAAGAACUGAAUGAUUUUAAUAAUCGAGUGGGUAGCCUGAGAAAAAGGUACACGCUCAGCAAAGAGCAGACAUCGUGACCAUUUGCUUUGAAUAACACAGAAUAUUUCCUCUAGAAAUGCUCAGCUUUCAUUUUUCCCAAGUGUCUCCUUUUCAGGCCACUUAGUUUUCUGAAUCAAAGUGGAAUUUAGAACAAUGAAAUGUAUGCUCUCUGGACACUUGAAUUUCAUAGGCAUGAUAUUUUAAAAAUUGUUAACAUAUGAGCCCUAUUUUUUGCCUUAAUUUAUUUCACUCGGUGAAAAUGUAUUAAUUCUGUAGUCAUCAGUGCUUUUCUUGGCAUCCUUCAGUUUUAAGAGGGAAAGUAGGUUCCCAGGAAAAGAUUUGUCCCAUGAAGAGGUGCUUAAAUGUUGUCUUGUAGUGCCCUUCUUUUGUUUUCUGUUAAUUGUAAUAGAAAAUAAUUAUCACUCUAUGCUGUUUUACGUGCCCGGCCCUGUUCCGAGCACUUUAAAUAAAUCAACUCGUUUAGUCUUCAGACAACCCAGUAAGAUAACCAUUAUUGUUUAUCCCCUUUUACAGAUAAACUCUGCUUUAUAAAAGGACCUCUUUUGAUUUUUAUCACUAGGUUUAUGCUGCUCCCAGGGAACCAGCAAUGCUCUAGCCUCCUCUCUGCCCUGGCCACACGCCCGCACUGCUUUAUUUAGUCCUCACCCUUGUGACGUCACCUGUCUUUAGCAAGAUUUUCUGUGGCUGUUGCUCUUCACAUGCCAUUGUUACAUUUAAAUGAGAAUAUAUUUGAAAGCAGCUGGCAAACUGUGAAGAGUUUUGCAGUUAACUUGAGUUAGUAUUGUUGAUACGAACUGUUGAAAAUGCUUUCUAACACCGCAUGUUAGAAAUUCUUGAUGAGUUUUCCUUUCCAGUGUGGUCAAGAGGUUGGUGGGAAAUUGUUUAAGUAACUCAGCUUCAUAAGGCCUGUUUGCCAGUCUACGAAACAAAGACAGAAUUUCUUCCAAUUUGUAGAAAAUACUGAUCCUUCUGAAAGGUGAAAGCAAAACCAGCAUUUGUUCUAUACCACAGUGCCUAUCCCUGCUUCUCUCCUCACCUGCUGCUGACCCUGGCAGGAGCAAGCCGGGACCUGUUUUUUGUUUUGUUUUGUUUUGUU